GAAGAGGUAGUCUCGCUGCUGACGAAACUUGGCUGUCAUCCUUGUUUUUUUUUUCUUCUUCUUGAGAUCCACUUGUAGUCUAGCUUUCUCUGCCUUCAUCGUCACUUCACGUUUAAGGAGGACCACAGACAUAUUUUAAUUUGGUAGUUUGUGAAUGUGACUCUUCCUGAUCCUUGAACAUGUGAUUUUUGAAAAUGCUUUAACUUUUGUUUUACAACUGUACAUCUUGGGAGCUGCAGAACAAAGGCAACCUGAACACCUAUCAGCUGCUACCGGUGUCCUCAGAAGUUUAACACAUUCAUGGAGAAGACACUGACAAUAGGUCUGACACUUUUCUUAACACUCUGUGUGGACGUACCAGGAGCUGGAGGACGGAAGGAAGGGGCUCAUGGCGAGAACACUCAGAAGCGUUCAUCGCGAUCUUCAGAUACAAAAGGAGGCCGGUGCUCCUACACUUUCAUUGUCCCGCAGCAAAAACUGACAGGUGCGCUAUGUUUGAACACACAGUCUGCUUUCACCAACCAGUCGGAGGUGGCAUCGCUACGGGCGGAGCUCAGACGGCAGCAGGAGCAGCUGGACAAGCUCAGGGGCCAACUGGAGCAGGAGGGGUCCCUUGCCAUGGAGGUGAGAGCCCUGCGCAAAGAGAGUAACAGCAUCAAUUCACGCAUUGCCCAGCUCUACGCUCAGCUUCUCCAUGAAGUCAUACACAAGAAAGACCAAGCUUUGGAGCAGCAAAGAGUGGAGAACCUCUUGCUUAAUGCUACAACACAGGCACUGCAGGUGUCCAGUAACUACAGGGAGCUGGAGAAGAAAUAUGGAGCUCUCACCUCCAUGAUAAGCUCCCAGAACCAGUUUAUAGCUCGUCUGGAGAAGCAGUGCCAGUGCAGGGACCCCACGCAGGCCUCUCCGGUGACGACUGAACCAUCAAAAAGCCAGUCUAAUGUGCAUCGUAAUUUCAGCUCUGAAGCCAGGGAGAUGACCAAUGACGUUCAAAGGGACCAAAGUGUUCUUUCACCACAGCAGGAAAAAAAUGGUCUUUCCCUCCCCAGCACUACAGCCAACACUCCGACAGACCCUCCUUUCAUUAGUUUCCCUGUCACAAAAACUCCAGGGCCGUGGCGCGACUGCCAGCAUGUGCUGGAAUCAGGUGAGACCACCAGCGGGAUCUACCUGCUUCGUCCACAGAGUGCAAACCGCCUCCUGCAGGCCUGGUGCGAGCAGAGUCGGGCUCAGGGAGGCUGGACAGUCAUCCAGAGGAGACAGGAUGGGUCUGUCAACUUCUUCAGAACAUGGGAGCAGUAUAAGCAAGGCUUUGGGAACCUUGAUGGAGAGUACUGGCUCGGCCUGGAACACCUCUACUGGCUGACUAAACAGGCCCAGUAUAAGCUCCGCGUGGCUAUGGAGGACUGGCAGGGACGGCAGGUGUUUGCUGAGUAUGACAGCUUCCACCUGGAACCGGAGAGCGAUUGGUACCGACUGCGGUUGGGACAAUACCAGGGCAAUGCAGGGGACUCCCUCUCAUGGCACAACAACAAGGCCUUCACCACUCUGGAUCGAGACAAGGACAGCUAUACAGGUAACUGCGCUCAUUUCCAAAAAGGAGGCUGGUGGUACCACAUGUGUGCCCACUCCAAUCUGAACGGUGUGUGGUACCGGGGUGGACACUAUCGCAGCCGCUACCAGGAUGGGGUUUACUGGGCAGAGUUCCAUGGAGGAUCCUACUCUCUAAAACGAGUUUCUAUGAUGAUCAAACCCGUUUAACA